CUAAUCUAGCACUUACGGAUCAAAUCCGAUACAUGAAUAUUGAUUUCAUCACUCAAUUUCAAAAGUCUGUAAAAUCUGGGCACUCUCAGCAAAAAUCUGGGCAAAAUCUGUGUCUGACCAAUAUCUGGACGAAGGGUCAAAAGUCUUGGUUUUACAGACAAAUCUGGGCACCUGGCAACCCAGGCUUCAUCAAACGAAAAAGGCUGCCGCAAAUUUAGCCAAGGCUCGAUAUCCUGUUUUCUGUGCCCGAUUCGACGUUGAAAUAUUCGAUAAAAUCUACGAGAAUGAUCCGAAAUUCGUGGAAUGCUGUUGCCGAUCGGGACCGCUUUCAUUCGGAACCAGAGCAAAGGCUGCACGGGAAAACCGCAGCAUCUGUGAUUACCCAGGUUCGCCGGGAAUAUGAUUUUUGGGACACAGUUGACUGUCUUUGGAUAAAAAACGACUUCCCAAACCGGGUGAAAGGAUACUACGUGGAACGUGCCAAAAACAGUAGUAGGUAUUUGAUUUUUAGUGACCGAAACCGAGCACUACUGACCACUCGGUGUUUGAACCUCGAAGGUUCCGAUACCGGUGAACCGACGAAAACAAUGCAGGAAGCGCGAUAGGGACAAGAAACAGAUGCAACAAAGAAAAAGUAUCAUUUAAGCUUGUGCUGGAUUGUAGUGAGAAUUCGU